AUGCGCUUGUGCAGGCUCUCUAUUCCCUGGGAGCUGAAAUAUGCCGAGGACAAUAUACUGUGGAGUCCUUUCUGUAAACAUGAGCUGGAAAAUGCCGUGGCCGUGGAGCAUUUGGAGCUUCAGGAGCAGCAGUCUGACCGCAAGGAGCUGGAGGAGACUCUGGAUAAGUUAGAGGAACACAAAGAUCAGCUGAUUGUGCAAAUUAAAGCGACCAGACAGCUCUGCUACGAAGAGAGUCAGCAGAUCCUGUCUCUGCAGUCGGAGGAGGUGAAGAAGGAGGGCCAGGUGGAGGAGUAUGAGAGGGAACUUGCCAGAGCCAGGUGGAGGCUGAAGAAGCUCAGAGAGGAGGUGAAGCAGGCCAAGAGGAAGGUGGAGGAGGCUGGGGAGAGGGACACUCCUCUGCAGGACUCCAUCAGACAGUCCUAUGAAGAGAUCCUGCAGGAGGAGAACACCCUGUGUUCUCUGUCAGGAGGUGCAGUCACUCCAGAGAGCCAGCUGGAGGAGUCGACAUCUCCUGCAGACACCACUGAGGAUGAUCCGCUUCCUAUGAAGCCGUGGGGAAGGAGCCAAUCACUGCCCGCCUAUGCUGACCUGAUUAUGAGGGCCAGUGGCUCGUCCUUCAGCAAUAACCUCGUCGGUACCAGAGAAGAAGCUGACGACAGUGGGACCAGCUCAACAAAGAUGGACAGAUCUGACAUCGAGGAUUACCCAGAGGAGGGGGAGACAUUCGAUGAAGAGGAAAAAGAGAGGGAGAAGGAGGAGUCCGAUGUAAACCCAAACCCUGUCAGCCAGCUGGACUUCUACCAGGCCGACCCCUUCGCUCACCUCCCGCAGCCUGACCAUGACCUCUUCAAUGAAGAUCUCUUCCCCAAAACGGACUCAUCCGAUGGAUUUGCUUCAGAUCCUUUUAAAGGCAGCGACCCUUUCGCCGCAGACGUUUUGUUCCCUGAGGGGAAUGCCAGCGCUGAUGAAGGGGCAGGAAACGGCGGCGAAGAGGCGGACACCAGUCUGUCCUGCGCUGAAAACAAGGCCUCAACGGGAACUCAGUGCUUCGAGUCCGAGUUCCCCGACGAAGACAGCGACAUCGAGAUCAGCUACAGCCGAGAGGACCUGGACGCCAUCGCUGUGGCCGACGAUCCUCGGGGAUUCAAACCGAUUCAGAGCUCGUCAGAGGAGCUGGGGCCAGAGCCCAUACAGGGCUGGAGGUCUCAGGGUCAGUACUCUGUGGAGUCAGACCCUAAUGGGUAUGAGCUGGACCUCAGUGCUGUGUCCCCUCCCUCUGACAUUGAAGAACAGAGCCUGGGAUCUCUAGCUGGAGAGACUAAAACUGAGGCAACAGAAGAUCAGAUACAAGGUCAGAGGUCGGGUGCAGCUCAGGCUGUUCCUGCGCUCAGUGAGCAAGUCUCCCUGGAAGCCGAUUGGGUAACGGGCAACAGAGAGGAAACCCUGUCAUGUGACGUUACCUCCAGCCAGGGGGCAGAAUGGGCAAACAUCAUCAAGGAGGAAACCCGAAACCCUGCGACUCCUCAGAACUCGCUGGACAUGCAGAAUGUUUUCACCCAGCCAGACCCGGAUCAGCAAAGAGAGCUCAGCUUUGAGUACGAACCCUCUAGUCAGUCUUCCUUUGACCCAUAUGGGUUUAAACUCAGCCCAGAACACUCUAGUCAUACCCUCUUGGACCCCGAUGAGGCCGAACUGAGCCCUGCACCCUCUGAAAGUGAUCUGACCUUUGACCCCGAGCCCCCUUCCACACAACCAGACCAGCCGGACUUUGAUCCCUAUGGGUUCGAUGUUACUUCCCCUCAAAUGGAACGAGACUCGGACCCUUACGGCUUUAAGCUCAGUCCUGAGGAGGAGAACCAGGAGGUGCUCGGGUUGUGCCGCAGUGACAGUAGCAAGCAGCAGGAACCACCGAACUAUAGCAACCAGAAAGAACUGGAACCUCAAACCCAUGAAAACCAGGAAGUGCUUGAACAGUGUGGCCUCGAGGAGCAGCUGGAUCUGUGUAACAAUGGAAACCAGGAAGUGCUGGAAACUUUGAGCCCUGAUAACUGGGAGCUGGUGAACAAUGACCUCUCUGAUCCCUGUAGUCGUUCCAACCAGGAGGUGUUGGACCCCUAUCACAAUAUCACCACAGGGGAACUACUUGAACCGUGUACCUAUGACAACCAACAAGUGCUGGAAUCUCACAGCCAUGGCAAUCAGGAGCUGCUGGAUUUUUCUCUUCCUGAAAACCAGGAGGUGCUUGAUUUAGAUAGCCAUGGCAAUCAAGAACUACUGGACUUCAGUUGCAAAGAAAACCAGGAAGUACUAGUUUCAGGCAGCCACAGCAACCAGGAAGUCCACGAUCUCAGUAGCAAUGAAAAUCAGGAACUGGUAGACUUAGGUAGCCAUGAUAACCAGGAAGUGCUGGACCUGUUUAGUCGGGGAGUUUUCCCUGAAGCAAACAAUAACCGGUGUGCUGUGGAACCAGAGCACGAUGCAAGUCCCACCAAUAACAGCUCAGACAGCGAUGUCACAUCAGAAGACCUGCUGGGACUUGAACUCAGUAACACCAGUAUCUGCACUACCAACAAAACAAUCACCAACACCCCUGACACCCGCAACGCAGCGAUCAGAAACACGGCCACGAGCCAGAACUUUGUGACCUCCAACAAUCCUACCGGUCAUAGUCUGCUAGACGGGGAUCUGGGAUCAGUGUUCGGGGCCGGAGGAUACAUCGGGUGUCCAGAUGUGGCUGAUGACCUGGAACCUCUGGAGAGAAGGCAACCAAAACCAAUAGUAGAGCAAGUUCGACCAGUAAGACCAGUGAGGCCUCCUCGACCUUCUCUCAAGGCCAAGGACAAGGCUCAGUCCCAGACUCAGGGCUUUGACCUGAAGUGAUUUCUCACCAACUCAACAUUCAUACGGGGUAACCGUGUCAGCAGGGUUCCCAUGACAACAACAACACAAGAGAUGAAGAGGACGAGGACAGAAGUAAGAAAGCAGUUGAUCCCAUCUAGACAGUGGGGAGUGAAAGCAUGAAUAUAUGGACCUGAAGGGCAAAUCAAUCUGCUGUUAUUAACAGCAAUAAUUAUAGUUUUUAAGUUUGGACUCGUGGAAGAAGAAGAAGAAGAAGAAGGAGAAGAAGAAGAAGAAGACCACACGAUGUGAUCAUUACUCUGAAGUCUCUUUAAAGCGAUUCAUUGAAGUUAGGAUCAAAAUGAGCCUCGUGUUUAAAGAUACCCCCUCAUGUUUUGUCCUCAGAUGAUGCAACACAACUUCUCCUCACUUCACUUUUUAUCAGGACUUCCUGCUCCAAAGUAUCCCCCCCUGUUGUGAUCUAAACCGAGUGUUGGUACACGUGUCAGUGGACUCAAAUGUAAAUAAGUCAUUUACUUGUUUUCAGAUUUAGUGGAUGAAUAGUUUUUAGAUUAGUUUGAAUCAGACGAGCGAUGCAGAGAGGGUUUGGAUGGCUUACAGUGAGUGCGUAUCUGUACCACGGUCAUGGACUUACCUUAAGAGUAAAUCUGUGACUUCUUCUCUGACCACAGCACCGCCGCAAUCACCAGGUGUGAUCAGCGGUACUCUGUUCUGUUUAUAACCACCUCUGAUAGUGACGGAGUCCUGGAGUACACCUGCACACCACUGCCGCCAAGUCCACAUAAACAAGUGACUCCUCCAGUCACGCGUUACAGUCUCUCGUUAAACAAGCGGACCAUCACUUAUGUGAAAUAUCAAAACUGCAUCUCCCACUCCCACGCCAUCUACAGAUCCUUUUAUAAACUACAACCUUUGACCAUCAGCUGGUUUGAAUGUUAGUGCAGGAGACACUGGAAGGGUGAGGUGUGCAAGCAUGACCAAACAGAUUUCAAACACUACUGCCAAUCUCAACAAAGGAAACAGUGAGCAGAGAUUUACUGCUUCUUUAGACACUUGUGUCUUCAGACUACUGUCUGUAAAAACUGGAAACAUGAGUGUUAUUGAAGCCCUAGAUUGGCUUAUUUAUUUAUUUAUUUAUUCUAUUUUAGUUUACAUCACGUCACGGUUGGCGAGGUGCAUUCAUGUUUAUAGAUUUGUUGACUCCUGACUCCUUGGAGGAACUUUCAGUGAAACCACGCUGCACCCAGACUUCUUUCCAGGUCUCCACGGUCGCAGCACUCAAUAAGACAAGCCCGUUGCAUUUCCUGAUGCGUGCUUUCAUCCACGCUGUAACUCA